AUGGACGCGCAAGCACAAGACCUCGCCCCAGUCAACCUUUCCAACCCUAGCGAGCUCGGCUACCAACCGGCGCACUCGAGAGGCUACCAGGACACGUACAAUUACCAGCUAUGGCCUUCCAUGGCCGGCGCCAGUGCUGCUGGUCACUCUGCCUACCAAAGCCCUUAUGGUCAGAGUCCUUAUGGACAAGCGGCCCAGGGACAGGCGCAACUUGCUGCGCAACGUGGGAUACUUGGUGCUCCUCCGCCAUCUUUCGGACCCUCGAGUGAUCUCUCCUGGCUUUCUCUCCAAAAUCAGGCUGAGCUGUUCAAACUCGUCCGACCACCAUAUUCCUACUCUGCCUUGAUCGCAAUGAGCAUCCAGAACUCCCCGGAAAAGCGACUGACUCUUGCACAGAUUUACCAAUACGUCGCUGACAACUUUCCAUUCUACAAGCGCUCGAAAGCUGGCUGGCAAAACUCAAUCCGCCACAACUUGAGCUUGAACGACUGCUUCAGAAAAGUGCCCAGAGACGAGAAUGAUCCAGGAAAAGGAAACUACUGGCAACUCGAUCAAAACUGCGAAAAGAUGUUUGACAACGGCAACUUUCGACGACGCAGAAAGCGGCGAGACGCUGAUAAGAAUGCUGACCGACCUGCCGAUUUCAACUUGCCUUCGAUUCCUCACCAAACGCCAGUGAACAAUGAUGACCUUCCUCCAACAACGACUUCGUCAGCUUUGUCAUCGAGAUCGAAUUUGGACAGUUCGAUUUCUCCUCAACCAACUGGGCUACCAACCGAAUCAAGUUCGCCUGAACUAGCGUUGAAAUCGCUUCCCGCCGAUUCUCCACCUCCCGUUCAUUCGACAAGCUUGGAUCAGCUCCCUGGUGGAAGCUCUGCUGAACCUGUGAACAAAGUUUCAUUGAACCUGUCCCCGAUUGGCGCUUCCUCCGGAGCCUCGUCCGACUCAGCUCCGUCAGUUUUGUCAAUCCCCGCGGCGCCCACUGGUCCCGUCACCGCCGCCGUCGCCGCCUCGCUGACCUCGCAGGCCUCGCCCCAAGUGCAGGACUACAGCCAGUACUACAGCGCGUUCUACAGCCACGAUCCGAACAACUACCACUUCGCGAAUCCGCACUUCUCCGUCUCGAGCCUCAUCCAAAAGCCGGCACAGAUCGCUGGCUACCCAAAAUAA